UUUGACCGGGAACACCACAAGGAACUCAAAAUGACGAGGUGGGCCCGAGCGAACAACGUCCAUAAAAACAAAGCAGCAGAUGCCACACCAUGGAAGCAGCUGAAGGCGAAUGGGAAUGCUGGAGAAUCAGGAACAAGCCGCGGUGACCGACACAUCCAGCGGGGAGCAGGCGUAAGGAAACCCAACCCGAAAAAGGAGAAACGAGAGCAUGACAGUGACGACGUGAAUGGAUUUAUGGAGUAUUUAAAACAGACCGGUCAGACGCUGCAGAAAAGGACACCUGCGGACCGGGACCUGAGAGAAGAUGUGGCAACGGCACUGAAGAAAGACCAACGACGAGAGAACAGACGGAUAAAGAGGCAAAACGUUAAAAAGAAUAAUAUGAUUUGCUUCAACUGCAGAAAGCCUGGUCACGGGCGCGACUGCCCGGAAGCAGAUAACGAUGAAGAGAUGGGCCGCGGUAUUUGCUAUCGCUGUGGUUCCACUGAACAUGAGAUCCAGAGAUGUCGCGCUAAAGUGGAUCCUGCCAUGGGUAAUUACCCAUACGCUAAGUGUUUUAUCUGUGGUCAGACUGGUCAUCUGUCCAAAGCCUGUCCUGACAACCCAAAAGGACUGUAUGCUGCAGGCGGUUGCUGUCGUGUUUGUGGCUCAGUGGAACACUUUCAGAAGGAUUGUCCUGAACACCAGAGCUCAACCAAUUCCAUCACUCUUGGCCGGCUGUCCAAUCGAAUCAGCGCUGACCACGAGGACGUACAUGUGCCUGUGAAGAAAGUGCAACCCAAAAAAGACAAGGUGGUGGUGUUCUGAUCCACAGCUGUUGGGGGGAAAUCCAGAAUUGGACAUUUAACCAAUCAUUUCUGCAGUCAUGGGGUCUUCACCAGAGAUUCACUGUCUGCCAUGGAUGUUUUUAAACACAAAAGUGACUCUUCCCGUUCCGAGACCAUUUACUUGCUGUUAAAGAUUCUCGUGAUGAAAUUGGAGACUUGUGGAUAUCACAUAUGUGCCUGAUUUAAAGGGUCAGUUCACCCAAAAAUGAAAAUUAUCCCAUAAUUUACACACCCUCAAGCCAUCCUAAGUGUAUAUGACUUUAUUCUCUCAGACAGACACAAUUGGAGUUAUAUUAAAAGAUAUAUAUAAAAUAUCCAUAUUUAAAACGUUAUAAACUAUAAUCACUGGCUUCUGGCAACGGCCUUACACGCAUUCACAAGAGUUACGUGGUUUUUGCAAAAGACCUCUAUUUUCACCUUAGUGGGUCAGAUGUCACUCUUUCAUGAGCAUGUGUGUGGCCGUUGCCAGAAGCCAGUGAUUUACAGUUUAUAAAAUUUUAAAUUCAUAAAGAUUUAGAUUCAAUGCCAUUUCAAACCUGGGAAGAGUUUCCGAUUGUGUUCGGCAAGUCCAUACGCACCUAGGAUGACUUGAGAGUGACUAAAUUAUGGGAUAAUUUUCAUUUUUGGGUCAAGUAUUCCUUUAAUUAUUAUUAAUUAUCAUGGACUGUGUGUUUUCAUUGUCAAGUAAGUUGGAGAGAAUUUGAAUAUGAAAAACAGCAUUUAUUUACAAGACACUUUGUACAAAUAUACUCUAUAAAAGAGAGAUAUUAAGUGUUUUUUGGGGUUUUUUUUCUGUUGGUAUAUUAAAUUUAUAAGAACAA